AGGGUUGAUCAUGCUCUAAGUGGAUCCGGUUUUGGGAUCAGAUCGAACACAAAAACUCCAGAGAGAGAGAGAGAUCUCCACUGUUUCCGCGAAGAAGAGAAGAGAGACGCCGUUGAUGGCUACCACCGCCGUCCUCGAUGUUGACGGUUUCGAUGAAGAGAGAAGCCUCGAUAUGUUACCAGCGGCUCUCCUGGAGACAAUCAUGACGAAGCUCGACGUGGCCUCUCUCUGCUCGUUGGCCUCCACUUGCAAAACACUCAAAAGCUGCGUCUCUCGUGUCCUCACUUUCACUCCCAACUUCCACCUCUUCAAUGUUUCACUGUCAAUGGAAACGGUUAGACCGUUGUUGUUUCCGAAUCAGCAACUCUCUAGCCUUAAGCUUGACUGUGGACGCCUUGGGAACUCAGCCAUUGACGUGCUGGCACGUCCUUCCCUUAGGGAGAUCUCUCUUCACAACUGCCGCGAUUUCAGUGGAGAUCUCAUCUCUGAGAUCGGAAGGAAAUGCAAGGAUCUAAGGCUACUCUGUUUGGGCUCUGUAGCAGAGAAAGUUGGUCGAACCGUUACUCGUGGUGCUCUAGAAGAUUUGCUGAACGGUUGCUCUCAUUUAGAGGUCUUAGCACUCAUGUUUGACCUCUCAUUAUACUUGCGUCCUGAUGACGGCCGCAUUUUCGGAUUGGCCUCUGAUAAACUCACCCAUCUUGAGCUUGGACACAUCUCCUCAAGGAUGAUGACUCAGCUACUCACAUCAACUGGGCAAGACAGCGUCCGCGCGCUCCGAAACGUCCAGCAGCUGCGCCUCUCUGUUGAUUGUAUCACCGAUGCUGUGGUUAAGGCAAUAUCUAAUUGUCUCACGUCGUUGAUUGAUCUGGACCUGAGAGACGCGCCCCUCGAGGAUCCGAGGCAACUGUCAGACCUCACGGACUUCGGGCUUCAGGAGAUCAACCAAAACGGCAAGCUGAAGCGCCUCUCUCUGAUCCGCAGCCAGGAGUUUCACUCUGCUUACUUCCGUCGAGUUAGCGACCAAGGGAUGCUGUUUCUUGCUGGCAAAUGCUUGGGGAUGGAGAGCAUUUGUCUCGGCGGGUUUUGCCGGGUGACGGACGCUGGUUUCAAGACCAUCCUCCACUCUUGCGCUAGCCUCUCCAAGUUCAGCGUAUACCACGGACCUAAACUGACCGAUCUUGUUUUCCACGACGUCUUAGCGACCGCUCUCUCGCUCAGCCACGUUAGCCUGAGGAGGUGCCAUCUUCUGACGGAUCACGCGGUUCAGAAGCUGGCGUGGAAUCUGAAGCUGGAGAAUCUUGAUUUGAGAGGGUGCAGAAACAUAAGGGAUGAAGCCUUGCAAGCCAUCUCGCAUCUACGGAAACUGAAGGUUUUGCUUCUUGAUGGCACUGAUGUGAGUGACACGGGUCUUUCUUACCUUAGAGAAGGAGUUUGGGAUUCUCUAGUGUCGCUAUCCGUCAGAGGCUGCAGAAACUUAACUGACAAAUUCAUGACUACUCUGUUUGAUGGAUCCUCGAAACUAGCACUCCGCGAGCUCGACGUGUCCAAUCUUCCUAACCUGACAGAUGCUGCCGUUUUCGCUCUAGCGAAAUCCGGAGCUCCGAUCACGAAGCUCCAGCUGAGAGAAUGCAGACUGAUAGGCGAUCCCUCGGUCAUGGCUCUUGCGUCUACACGGGUGUACGAAGACAAGUGUCCUGGGAGCAGCUUGGGUUUGUUGGAUCUUUACGACUGUGGCGGCAUAACUCAGCUCUCGUUCAAAUGGCUGAAGAAACCGUUCUUCCCGAGGCUCAAAUGGUUAGGGAUCACUGGGAGUGUGAACAGAGAUAUUGUAGAUGCUUUGGCGAGGAGACGACCGCAUUUGAAGGUCUCUUGCCGCGGAGAAGAGCUUGGAAUUGAUGGGGAAGACGACUGGGACUCUGCUGACAUACAGCAGCACAUGGAAGCAGAGGAAGAUGAGCUUGAACAGUGGAUUCUUGGAGAUGAAGGUGAUGUUGAGAUGGAGGAUGCAGAAGAGGAGAGUGAUGAUGAAGGAAGUGAAGAAGAAGAAGAAUGAUAAUACUGAAACUAUACGUUUAUAAUAGGUACGCAAUCUUUUGUUCUUAUAAGCUAUAUGUUUAACACCAAUUCUCUUCAUAUUUAGCCACUUGCUUGUAGUAUUUUUUUCUUAAUUAUUUUUGUUGUUGUGCUAAUCACCGCAUCUCUGUUAAACUUUGUGUAUUGUUUACUUGAAUAAAGAUAUCUAGUGAAA